CAACCUAUAAAAAGUGCUGAGCCUCUAGCAUACACACAUUAACAAAAGAUGGAACAUUUCCUGCUGGUUACUUUGGCACUUUUGUGGACGAGUCAAGUAAAUGGAGGUUCCAUGCAAACUCAAAUUGUGGGUGGCAGAGAGGCAUCCCCAAACUCUCAUCCCUACAUAGCUUCAUUACAGCUGAGAGGUCGGCAUUUCUGUGGGGGGUCUCUUAUUGCCCCACAGUUUCUCAUGACUGCUGCUCAUUGUAUGGAGAAUACUGCACCCAGUGUGGUGACAGUGGUGUUGGGGGCUCACUCCCUUCGUGAAAAUGAAGAAACCAAGCAAAGGUUUAGGGUGAACCAGGUCUUUGAAAAUGGCUUCAAUCCACUGACUUUGGAGAAUGACAUUGUCAUACUAAAACUUGAUCGACCUGUGUCUUUAAAUGGCAAAGUGCAGGUGGUGUCUCUGCCCAAUGCCAAUGAAGAUGUCCCUGCAGGGACUCAGUGUGUGACUGCUGGGUGGGGCCAACUUUCCACAGAAGGACGGAUACCCGACCGCCUUCAGGAACUUAAUGUCACCGUAACCAGCAGAAACCUGUGCCGCCCCAAUAACAUCUGUACAGGGGUCUUCAUGCAACGGGCUGGCAUCUGCUUUGGUGACUCUGGUGGCCCACUUGUGUGUAAUGGCGUGAUCCAGGGCAUAACUUCCUUCAUUAUCCGCACUUGUGGGAAUGGCAGGUCUCCCGAUUUCUUUUCAAGGGUUGCCCUUUUCCGGAGUUUCAUUGACAAUGCAAUUAACAGCUGAAUUAUGCACAGCCUUCUUUUCCACCAACAUUUUUCCUAGUCUACUAAAUAAUUCCUUAAUUACUGCAGAAAUAAGCAAAGUUUAAUGUUUCAGUUGUAGAAUUGCUUUGGACUUGCUAAUGGAAGAUGCUUGGGAGUUGUAAUUCUGCAAAAUUAUGAGCAUCAUUAUCAUUGGGUUUUCAUACCUUCUGUCUCCUCACUUUUAAUAACCUACCUUAUGCUUCAUGUAUUAGACUAUUAGGCACUUACCUAGUUCGAUAUCUGAGACGAACCUGUUAUUAUGUGUUGUCCAUAAGAUGAAUAUCCAUCUUACAGUGUAAACUAUAACCAAGAGCAGCCAUAGGGAACAGACAACUCAUAACAUUUUGUUAAACUACACCUCCCAGAAGUCCCUGGUGUUUUGGCAUUACGGAAAUAUUUUCACGUUUUCUACACAAUCUUCAGAGCGGCAGUUUCCUGUUAGUACAGAGGCCAUGGUCAGACUUGCUUUUUGGCAGCCACAGUGUACUAUGCCCACAUAAAUGGCAUACCUAAUGAGCAUGACAAUUGUAAUACCUACAACUUAUAAAGUAAGGGCAAUCAUUGACAAAUACUAAGUGGUCACAGCAAAAAUUAAAAUAUCCAAAAAGUCUGUGUUGUUUGUUUUAAAAUUUGAGUAAUUAACAAGCCAAAUAAUUCCAGAAAUGCCUGCCAAUCACAAAUCAGAUGCUAAUAAAUACUUUUGUGAAUGUGAAA